GGUGAUGAGCAGAGUACAGAGGACAUUCCUACAGAUAACCGCCCAGAUGACUGUACCAGGAACUUAGAGAAACAUCUGGUAUCUUCGGAUUUUGAAGUAGAUGAUCGUGGUAUCACACGAGAUACAUUUGAAGAGCAUGCCAAUAUCAAAGAUAUAUCUUCAUCCAAUCACAGCAACAAUGCAUCAUUUGAUUCUUUUAAACAGGUCCGAUCUUCUGAUUCAUCACAGACUGUAACAAAGAAUACAAGUCACAGCAGAGGUGCUAAACAUCCAACAGCUUAUAUAACAGAGAAGACAUUUUCAUGUUCAGAAUGUGGAAAAUGUUAUACUACUAAUUCAUCUCUUGUUAAACAUCAGAGAAUUCACAGAGGAGAGAAGCCAUUUUCAUGCUCAGAAUGUAGUAAGCGUUUUACUCAGAAAUCAUAUCUUGUUGUACAUCAGAGAGUUCACACCGGGGAAAAGCCAUUUUCAUGUUCAGAAUGUGGGAAAUGUUUUAACCAGAAAUCAGCUCUUGUUACACAUCAAAAAAGUCACAGAGAAGAGAGGCCAUUUUCAUGUUCAGAAUGUGGAAAAUGUUUUAAGCAUAAAAUGGCUCUUGUUACACAUAAAAAAACUCACAGAGAAGAGAGGCCAUUUUCAUGUUCCGAAUGUGGGAAAUGUUUUAAGAAUAAAUCGUCUCUUGUUGUACAUCAGAGAACUCACACAGGAGAGAAGCCAUUUUCAUGCUCAGAAUGUGGGAAAUGUUUUAACAAUAAUUCAUAUCUUGUUGUACAUCAGAGAACUCACACAGGAGAGAAUCCAUUUUCAUGCUCAGAAUGUGGGAAAUGUUUUAAGAAGAAAUGGUCUCUUGUUGUACAUCAGAGAAAUCACACAGGAGAGAAGCCAUUUUUAUGCUUAGAAUGUGGGAAAUGUUUUAAGGUGCCAUCAUCUCUUGUUUUCCAUCAGAGAGCUCACACAGGAGAGAAGCCAUUUUCAUGCUCAGAAUGUGGGAAAUGUUUUAAGGAGCUAUCAGCUCUUGUUUUCCAUCAGAGAGAUCACACAGGAGAGAAGCCAUUUUUAUGCUCAGAAUGUGGGAAAUGUUUUAAGUAUAAACAAGCUCUUGUUACGCAUCAGAGAAUUCACACAGGAGAGAAGCCAUAUACAUGUUCAGAAUGCGGUGAAUGUUUUAAGCAGCUAUCAGCUCUUGUUUUCCAUCAGAGAAAUCACACCGGGGAGAAGCCAUUUUCAUGCUCAGAAUGUGAAAAAUGUUUUAAGCAGAAAUCAAAUCUUGUUACACAUCAAAAAACUCACAGAGAAGAGAGGCCAUUUUCAUGUUCAGAAUGUGGAAAAUGUUUUAAGCAUAAAUUGGCUCUUGUUACACAUCAAAAAACUCACAGAGAAGAGAGGCCAUUUUCAUGUUCCGAAUGUGGGAAAUGUUUUAAGAAUAAAUCGUCUCUUGUUUUCCAUCAGAGAAAUCACACCGGGGAGAAGCCAUUUUCAUGCUCAGAAUGUGGAAAACGUUUUAAUAAGAAAUCAAAUCUUGUUGCACAUCAAAAAACUCACAGAGAGAAGCCAUCUCCAUGCUUAGCCCUUUAGUGACCUCCCUUAUGUGUUUUUUUUUUUAAUUCUUUUUAUUGAAACAUUUUACAUUUUUAAAACAGGGACAGAAAUUAAAAAAGGGGAGGGAAAUAUAACAAGAUUUCUGGAAUUAUACAUUGUUUGAAAUAGUCCAUCUAUAUCAUGAAGCAACUGAUAAAAAUGGGUUUCCAGCAAUCAGCAUAUUAUAAAAUAUAAUAAUAGUAUGAUAAAGAAAAAGGGGAGGGAAAGGGAAGGUUAAGUUUGAAGAGCGUCCCAAAGUACCUUUUAUAAAGAGGAGAUAAUGUACCAGGAGGUAUACUGAAAUGGUUUGACUAUGUCUGAGAUUUCAGAGAGGAUGAAAUGUGUGGUCAGAAAAGUCUUCCAUUUUCUGAAGAAUUUAGUAGCAGAGCUCUCUUUGUGUAACAGUCCUACAGGCUCACCUGAGUCAGAGGACAGCUGGCUGGAGGUAGGAGUGGAGCCAAGUGGCAAGGACCGCAGGCAGGUAGUAGAUGCAGGAAGUCUGGCA